AUGGAAAACAAUGGCCAAAGUUUGCAGCACAGCGGUAGCAAAUACCGCGAAAGUACCAAGUUCGAUGCAAAUCUUGUUCAUGCGAUUGAUUUUGCGUCUGUCGAACUCUUCUCUGUAACAUAUCUUGGAUUGCAUCUUGCUAGAAAGUGCGAAACUCAACAAACUUGCAAACAAACUGUGAAGCAACUUGCUUGGCGGCAGAGAUUCACUCGCUACGCCCCUGAUUACACGAUCAUAAAUUCGUCAUCACGUGAUCACUUUUUGAAUCACCUUAUGGAGGGCCUUGAGUACCUUCACCGAAACAGAAUUGUUCAUCGUGACAUUAAAUCGGACAACAUUCUCCUACAAAAAGUUGAUGGUAAAACGAUCGUGAAACUCACAGAUUUUGGACUUGCACGUCGACUUCCGCAGGACUCUGACGUCAUCAAAUGUGACGUGCAAGGCACACCAUUGUACCUCGCACCUGAAACAAUUCUAGCCGAUCCUAUUGGUCCAGCGGUUGACAUCUGGGCAUGCGGAGUGAUUCUGUUCUUGUUACUUGUGGGUUAUCCACCAUUCUGGCAAAAUGAUGACAGGAAAUUGAUGUUACUGAUUGUUGAAGGAUGCUACAAUAUGUCAGCGCGCUACUGGGACGAAGUGUCAGAUGACGCUACAGAUCUUGUCAAACGAAUGCUUGUGGUUCAUCCUCACAAGCGAGUAACAGCUUUUAAAGCUCUGAAUCAUCCGUGGAUAACAGACUUUGAAGGAAAUGAGGAGGAGGCAAAUGGACACUGUACAAAUAAUUUUAUUUCAAGAUAGCAAGCACAAUCACCAAACCGUAAUUGAGAAAGUCCUAUUUUCCUAGUAUCCGAGUUCAGCUAUCCGCGAAAAAGUGAUCGAUAUUGUCCGGAAGGUCAAUAACUGAAAACAACCAAUCAGAUUGCUCGAUUGCUAGCCUAAUAUUCAAGUCUUCGACCGGGUAAUGUCCCGGAUUAUCUCGUCCAAAAACUCUUAUUAUUUUUCUUUGUUCCUUGCUUUUUUGCGGAAAACGUCAGGCUCUCAAACAGAGUUGCGCUAUUACAUUUUAUGUUGUCUUCACAGUUUGUUAUGGUGGGAUUCUUUUCUAACAUUAUCAGUCAUGUAAUAAAUCUCUUAUUAGCCAGCCGAACGUGC